AUGCUGUUCAACAAGCUCUUUAAAAAGAAAACGGAGCUGGAGGUGGACGUCUACUUGAUAAGAGACGAGCAGUGCACUCCUCAUAUGCUUGACUGCAAAUUGUACGUUAACAAGAGGGGGAAGGGAAGGGGGAGUGAUGACGAGGUGGUCAUAUGGAACAGCUCGAAGAAGCUUACUCUCAAUGAAGACUCGAUCCAUGACUUCAAGUACCAUGAGCUCGACAUGUGCCAAUUUAAAUACAUAAAAAAUGGACUAGUGGAGGAAUAUGGAUUGGUGUUUUCGAAGGUGGAAAACAUGUAUUAUUUUUUUAAGUAUAUUAUGCUGUCCUAUUUGAAGGGGAAUAUCGUUUUGUGUAGAAGGGUCAAUCUGUUUACGUAUGAGGAGCCGGUGAAGGUACCCUACAAGAAGGAUCAUCUGGGCCUGUUAACAUUUAACACGGCCAAGUGUGAACACCUGUUGGUUGUUCUCGCCCCAGAGAGGUCCCCUCUUGCAGAAGGGGAGCGUAGCCGGUUGGAUGUGGCAUGCCAGCACCUGUAUGAAGAACUCACCAUGGAAAAUGUGAGGGAGCUGUAUAAACGUAAUCGGGUCUUCCUCAUUUAUGUGUUGAAUUCAUUUAACGACCUUUAUCUGAGCAGGGAAUCCAUCGGGAUCCACGUCCACAGGUACUUGGUGAACAGCCUGUUCAGGUUCUUCGAGUACAAGGCACUGUACGAGGGCGGGGAUCGCUACGAGGAGUACUUCGCAGAGGGGUACUUCCCAGAGGAGGGAUCGCUCAAGAGGGAAGAACGAAACGUGGUGAUACUAGGAGAUCCAUCCCCAGGGACCGUUGAAGCCGCGGCCCAGGCAGACUCCUACCACGGCAUGGAGGCAAUCCAAAUUGUGGACGACGAAUUGGGGUCCUUGGAUAGGGCGGUGGAGGACGAAAUUGAGAUGGAGAGGAAGGGAGAAAAGAGGAGUGAAAAAAUGGGGAAGCAGAAGCGGGGGAAGCGCGCGAAGGGGAUGAAACCCUCGGAGGGGAAGAGACAAACGGAGGGGCAGACGCACACAGAGGGGCAGACACCCACAGAUGGACAAACAGACGAAGGACCCGAGAACGAACUUACCGCGCAGCUGCACCGGAUGAGCGAAAAAUUUCUCCUCAUUCUGGAGUCGGAGGACGUCUUCAUUGACCACAUCAGGGGGAUACUCAUCUACAGGCAGGACUUCCAAAAUGAUAUCGUCAGCAUCAAGAGGAACUUCGUAGAGACGCACGCGCGGGGGGCGGCGACAAUGGAAGUGGCUACAGGAGCGACUACAGGAGCGGCUACCGAAGUGGCUACCGAAGCGGUGGCGGCCCCGACUGACGCAGAGUUCCGCACGGGGGAGUCCAGCCCCAAGGGUGGGUUCGUCCUUCUCUCCGAGUCGGACGCAGCGGGGAAGUCUAACGCGGAUGAGAAAUCUAACGCGAGUGACACGUCUGACUUGUCCGACGUGACCAAGUUGGAUGGAGGGUACCCAAGACACAGGACGAGCGACACAGAUGGUAUGAAAUACAAAUUUGUGAAUACCAGCGGAAAGCUCUCCUUCGUGUUGAGGCAGAAUCACAUCCCACAGAGAAGGAAGCGAAAGGUGAAGCUAAACAGGAAAGGUUAUUCCUCAGAAAGAGAAAUAAACUACGACGACGUACGCAACGAUUUGAAUAUCUACACCUUUGACGAGUAUGGAAAGGAGAAAAAAAUCUACAACUCAGGUGAAGAAAUCUUCCGAUUUAAGAAUGAACAGUGUGUUCCGAAAAGCAUUCACCUAAAUGAUGAGCAAGGGAAUAAGAUACUCUUCCUUAACGAGAAGAAUGACAAACACUUAUUCAUUUUUGAUACAAAUAAAGAGAAGAUUGUAAAAAAGUGGGACACAGAAAUUGUCCCAAUAAGUGAGCUGAUCAAGAGGGAAGAAAACGUGUACUGUGGGUACAACAAAAAAAGUCUCUACUUUGUCGAUACGAGGGUUAAAUCCUGUGUACAGAAUGCACUGCUUUAUGGGAGAAGCACACCCGACAUUGAGCAAGCCACGGUGGACAACAAGGGCAGAAUUAUCUUAACCAAUGCUAAAGGCGAGAUUAAAUAUUAUGAUGGAAAAAUAAAUAAAGAUAAUGUCCUUAAGAAGAGCAAAAAUGUGCUUCUCUGUGCGAAUGACAUUGUUCAUUUGUGUACAACGUCCGAUGGAGUUUAUUCCAUUGUGACUUGCCAGAAAAGUGUCGUCAUAUGCGAGAAUUCCAUUCGAAGUUGUAGCCUUUUUGAUCGAGUCAUAAAAAGGGAGGAGCGUCUGGAACAGAACAAGUUUCUACUCCAAAUUCACUAUGUUGAUGUUUUUACAUACAAUCUGGGGGAUUACAAAUUUGAGAAGAGCACCGUGAGUAGUGAUAACUCUCUCGUGUUCACUUUGUCUGCCAAGUUUUACGUCGUUUGGAAUCUUAGGGAUGUCCUGAAUGGGAGCAUUUCCUAUGUCAUUAAGAAGGCCGCGGAGGAGAUUUCUGAUAUAUCCUACUUUAACUUUAGCGAUGUGCAGGGGGUCCUCGUCGCCACAGAGAACUCGCUCAAGUCGAAGAAGAUCACCAGCGUGGGGAAACUCCAAAUGGGUUAG